AUGUUUAAGAUUUCAUCAAUAAUUAGAAAUAUUACUCCUAGAAACCCAAGUAUUACUACGGGUAUGAACGUCAGUUCUAUGAAUAAUAGUAUAAACGCAAUUUCCAAUGCUUCAAAAGCUUUAUCCAUAGGAGGUUUAAGAACUUUUAAAGUUAGAACCUCAGUAAAGAAAUUUUGUAAAGAUUGUUAUAUGGUGAAAAGAAAAGGUAGAGUUUAUGUAUAUUGUAAGAGUAAUGGUAAACAUAAACAAAGACAAGGUUAG